AGUUCAGUCGGGCUAACUGUUAACCAUAAGUUAAUCAGAUUUGACUUAAUUUCAGUUGAAUUUCAUUACAACCUUUUUAUUUUCGAAGAUUAACAAACCUAGUUAUGCCAUUUUUAAAUCUUUAUGAAUGGUAAUAUUAUAAAGUAUGACAGAUCUACCAAUUGAGACAACAAAUAGUGAGUCUGAAGCAGGUUCAAGUCAAGCCAAUAAUUUACCUGUUUUUGUCGGCAAUAAGCGUGAAUUUGUGGAAAAACAGAAAGUAAAAUGCAAUGUGAAUGGGAGAGACAUUGUUGUAUUUCACCACAAUCAACGCUUCUAUGCAAUGGACCAACUUUGUUACCAUGCUGGUGGCCCUUUGGACCAGGGAGACAUUGAGGACAUUGGAGGUAGAUGGUGCAUCAUUUGUCCAUAUCACAAACAAAAGAUAACGCUGGAGACAGGAGAGGGACUGCAUUACUCAAUUGAUCCCUACAAUUUAAAGAAGCCACCCGAGUUGUGCUCCAAGGGAGUGGUACAAAGAGUGCAUCAAGUUCAAGUUAUUGACAACAAACUUUACAUCACCCUCUCAGAUUCAAAGGAAUACCUGCCAUCUGAUUAUUUUUAUUCAAAAAAAGUUGUAAAAAAUAACUGAAUGACAGCAUUACAUUUAAUAAUAUAUCAUGUGUAAAUGUCAAAACAUAGAACACUCUUCAUAAUUUUCUGCCUUGUCUUGCAUUAAUGAAAAUAAAGGUGCUGGCAGAUUGUAGUCAAUGUAAUUGAAAA